CGGGCAGUUUUAUGAUUUUCUUUGCCGCUUUCACUUCCGGCCUUGGGUUGUUUUUCCUAUCACGUUCUGCGGCUCGUACCAAGGGGCGCAAUUCUUCAUUUUUUGCCGUGUCAAAAUUAACCUAUCCUAAAGCUGCUUUGUUUUUCGAUAUCGCAAUUGCUAUAAAAUGCUUUGGCGUCUCUAUUUCAUAUCUUAUUAUUGUUGGUGAUCUGAUGCCUCAGGUAGUGAUUGCAAUUUGCGGAAGAGGUUAUAUUGAUUCAAAUUCUUUACUCUUGGAUCGAAGAUUUUGGAUAACCGCGUCCAUGAUUGUAAUCGUACCUUUAUCAUUCCUGAAAAGAUUGGACUCUUUAAGACAUACAAGUGUGAUUGCUUUAAUAGCUGUGGUCUACUUGGUGUUUAUUGUCAUUUACCAUUAUUUUGGCCCUGAUUUUGAAGCCCCUCCCAAGGAUAAAAUUCAUUUUAUCAAU